GGCUUCUGGCGCUUGGGCUCGCGGGUCUGCAGCAGCCCCCGCGCAUCACGGGUGGUCUCCUGGCCCAGACCCGCUACCCGCUGGCCCGGGGCACCCGCUGGGACAAUGGGGAAGGAAUGAGACCGGGAGGCUGGAUGGAGGCCCUGGGCGGGUUUCCGAGAGGGUUGGAGGACGACCUCCUCGCCCGCACCCGGAGCCGCCGACUAGAUUUCUUGGCCUUCUCAUCGUGCUUUCCUGUGGCUCCCGGGCCUGUCCGCAGGAUGGACCCUGCGCCGUCUGCGGUCCGACUGACCGUGAGGGAAGCCAUUCACACGCUCUCGUCUUCCGAUGACUGUGGCCUCAUUCUCCACACCCUGAGGUUCCUGAAGCGGUAUCUGGGAGAAACAGAGGAUCCAGCCCUCCCUGAGGAACAGGAGGAGUUUGCGACUGUCCACUUUUCCGCCUUUCUCAGAUGUCUGGUCAGAAAGCUAAGCCCAGUUUGGCUGGAGCUGUCGCCAGACGGCCAGUUGGAGGAGCUCUGGGACAGCUUUUUCCUGAAAGGCCCUGCUGACCAAGCCUUCUUAGUACUUAUGGAGGCUCUUGAGGGCACUGCAGGCCCCAGCUUCUGUCUGAUGAAGAUGGCGCAGCUGCUGGCAAAUUUUCUCAGCCAGAGAAGGGUGGCAGCUUUGAUGGAGGAGCAGUGUCGGCCACAGAAGAAGCCCGGCUUCCCACUACUGCAGGAGACUCUGCUCAGCAAGGUGGUGGGCUUGCCUGAUCACUUGGGCAACCGCCUGCAGCAGGACAACCUGGCCCUCUUCUACCCCCAAAACUAUUUUCCUUUGCUUGGCGAGGAGGUGGUUCGGGUGCUACAGGGCAUUGUGGAUGCUCUACGAGGUGGCCUGGACUGCUCUGUCUCCUUCGUGUCUCGGGUCCUGGGGAAGAUCUGCAUCCAGGGGAGACAGAAAGAGAUCCUGGAUGUGUUGGUGCCCCAGCUGACAGCGCUCACCCAGGGCAGCUGCCUGUGGCAGCGGGUCUGCUGGCGCCUAAUGGAGCAAGUACCUGACCGCACCAUGGAGGCUGUGCUGACCGGACUCAUAGAAGCUGCUACAGGCAGGCCUGAAGUUCUGUCGAGAUUGCUGGGAAACCUGGUAGUGAAGAGCAAGAAAGCGCAGUUUGUGAUGACCCAGAAGCUUCUGUUCUUGCAGUACCAGCACAAGACGCGCAUGCUGCAGAGCCUGCUGGGAUAUUUGGCUAUGGACAGCCAGCGGCGGCCGCUCCUUGUACAGGCACUGAAAGAGCUGCUGCAGACGUGGGGCAGCAGCAGUGCUGUCAGACACGCGCCCUUGGCACAGCAGCAGUACCUCAGCGCAGCCAUCCUUAUCUGCCUGGCACACUUAAGGGAGCCAGAGCUGAGGGACAGCCAGGACGAACUGCUGGCCAGCAUGAUGGCAGGUGUGAAGUGCCACCUUGACAGCAGUCUCCCCACUGUGCGUCGCCUGGGCAUGAUCGUGGCGGAGGUCAUCAGUUCCCGGAUCCAUUGUGAGGGCCCAGCCCUGAAAUUCCAGUACGAAGACGAUGAGCUGAGCCGUGAGCUGCUGGCCUUGGCCACCCCCAGGACUGAGGGCAGCAGCCCCAUAGAGGCAGGAGGUCCAUCACCGGCCCCCACUGCCUCAGAGACCCUUGCAAAGACCAUGGAUGAUGGUGUCAAGUCUGCCAAUGGGAGUGUCCCCCAGGCUGGGCCACAAGGCUCUGACUCAGACCGGGACAGUGACGAUGAAUUCAUCCCCUACGAUAUGUCAGGGGACAAAGAGCUGAAGAGCAACAAGGCACCCUUGUACGUCCGGGACUGCUUGGAAGUGCUGACCUCAUCGGAGGAUAUGGAGUGCUGGGAGGCAGCCCUGCGGGCCCUCGAGGGCCUAGUGUACAGGAGCCCUGAGGCCACUCUCGAGGUAAGUGUGGAGCUGGCCAAGGUACUGCUGCACCUGGAGGAGAGGACCUAUGUGUCUGGAUUUGAGGGUCUGCGCCGAAGAGCCCUGGUGGCCGUCGUCGUCACGGACCCAGUCCGGGUGGCUGAGUAUCUGAUAUCACAGUUCUACGCCCUGAACUACAGCUUACGGCAGCGCUUGGACAUUCUGGAUGUCCUGACUCUGUCAGCCCAGGAGCUGUCUCGGCCAGGGCACCUUAAGAGGUCUCCCCAGCAGGUGUCCUGUGGUUCUGGUGCCCCAGUACUAGCUACCUCUCAGCCUGACCACACUGCAGGUUCGGGCUGGCGAGCAGUUGUGGAAGAGAGAAUCAGAAGCAAGACCCGGCGGUUUUCCAAGGGCUUUCCCUGGAGGGAGCUGCUAAGUAGCCCCAAUGAGUUCAAUUCUGUGGCUGGCUACUUCUUCUUCCCCCUCAUUCGACACUUUGACAGGCCUCUGGUGACCUUUGAUCUUUUGGGAGACGACCAGUUGGUUCUUGGAAGACUGACUCACACCUUAGGGGCCUUGAUGUACCUGGCUGUUAACACCACAGUGGUCGUGUCCAUGGGCAAGGCCCUGCUGGAGUUUGUGUGGGCCCUUCGCUUCCAUGCUGACAUCUAUGUACGCAGGGGUCUGCUGUCUGCCGUAUCUUCCAUCCUUCUCAGUGUACCUGCUGAGCGACUGCUGGGGGACCUGUGUGAUGAGCUGUUGGAAGCCAGGUCCUGGCUUGCCGAUGUGGCUGAGAAGGAUGUGGAUGAGGACUGCAGGGAGCAAGCAGUGAGGGCUCUGCUGCUUUUGGAGAGACUCAAGGACAGGCUCCCUCCCCUCUCUCAUUAACCCUCGGAGCUUCCCACUGUUCCAGCUGGACCACUGCCCCCGGGAAGACAGAGCCCAAGGAGUGGAGCCCGGGCUGCCUCUGGGCUAUGCAGCACAGCCGGGUCUGGACGGUGAUGGGGUACUAUGUGCAUAUGAAGGAAGGCCUGCACCCCUUCACCUGCCUGGAGCCCGGCAAGGUCUUGCACUGCCUCCCACAGCACAGGGCAGCCAGAAUGCUGGACUGGAGCUGGGCUGGGGGAACGGCACUGAGAAAACCUCCUCUCAAGGCUAGAGCCAGUGGGAGCCCCAGAACGGAGGAGAGGAGGUAGUUGUUCAGAGCCCCCAACACCCUCAUGCAGGGGUGCCAGACCAGCAGAGCAGGCUCGGCCCUCUUGUGGGCUUCUCA